AUGUACGACUACGACUACGACUACGACUACAACUCUGGUGAGGAAGAUGCAUAUGAGUCAGAACGACAAGCCUAUGAACGGGAAGCUCAGGCGGAACGUGAACGAGAAUGUCAAGCAAUUGUGGCAGCGCGCAUACGAGAAGCAUUUGAAGCGGAGGUUAGUGCGGCUUGGGGGGUAUACUACAACCGCAUGCAGAAAUUCAACGAAAAGGGGGUCCAAAGGCAACAAACGCUUGCUACGGCACUCCUUUCCAAGACGGAUUCAACACUGGCACUAUUUGCGAUGGAUAGGCCAAAAGUGGUCAGAGGCAAUCUAAAGCAUGUGAAGGAGUACUUGGUUGCGCCUCCAACUAAAAUCUUCCAGGCAGCCCAUCUACAUAUAGGACAUGUCGUUUUGGAUGAGGUGGUGCUUUCGAAACAGGCCUCGCCGUUACAUUUUGAUGUAGAAAUUAAGAAGGUGACAUCGACGCUUAGCAUUACUAUGUUAUGUGAUGUCUUGAAAGCACACCUCGACGCGGAGUAUAGAGACUAUGAGCCGUCCAUAAUUGGUGAGCUCGUCGAUGCAUUCUGCGAGGUGGCGGUACAAGACUGGGAAGAAGAGGAAUGUGCGUCCGGGCUCAAAGUGAUAAAGGGAGCUAUUACAAAGGUAUUGAGGAAGGUUGAGGCGAAGAGGAUGUCGUGGAAGAGUUCUUGGUCCUGA